AUUCAUCAAGGACCUAUUGACCGUACAGCUCUUACCUCUCGUCCGCCACAACAAGUCAUUCAAGAAGCAAGCUGCAUUUUGCGCAUUCUCGGCAUAGAAGCGAUAUCAGAUAACGAAGGUGGUCCAUUCGUAUUGAAAUGCACGAGAAGAAAGGCAUCCAAACGUAAAGAAGAAAUAGGAAGAUUGCAACCAAUCUAUGGAGAAGCAUGUAUUGAUAAUGGAGAGGAGAUCAGAUUCCUAGUUGAGAUUUGUAGAUUUAAAAACUUGCCUGGACUGUUUAUUGUCAAUGUAAAGCGACUAAAAGGAAAUGUUUGGGCUUACAAGUUCUUGUAUCACAAAUUGAUCGAU